AUGUCUGAGUUCACGACAUUCCAUUCCAGUUCGAGUUCCAAUUGUGCCCCCUCUCCAAUUACGAGGCCCGAAAUGGACUUGGACUCAGUUGCUACCACUUCGACUAACAGAUCGCCAAAUGCACCACCACAGUUGACUCCAGCUGUUCCCGCUGCUGAAAGCGAUUUUGCACCAUCACAGUUGACUCCAGCUGUUCCCGCUGCUGAAAGUGAUUUUGCACCAUCACAGUUGACUCCAGCUGUUCCCGCUGCUGAAAGCGAUUUUGAGCCUAUAGACCAAAAUCAGGGUUUAACGGAAAACCCUAUUGAUGAGCCGUCGCCGCCUUCCUUCUCCUCUGAUGAGGCAAUAGCUCAGCAGGCAUUAACUGAAGAUCUCCUACAGCAGUCAUGUACCAAAAAGCAUCAAAAAGACUCUCAAUCUGCAUCUGAGUCACAAUCUAUCUUGCCCGAUUUAUCACAUGAAGAAAGCGAAAGACAAAUUAAUGCAGCUUCAAAGCAACCAGGCGGAGACAAACUGGUGAGACGUUCCAAAGCUCGAACCACAUCAAGCUCAAAACUUAAGAGGAUUUCAGUUAUAAGUAAUUUGAGCCAAUACAGUGGGAGAAUAGAAGAUGAAAAGGCAGUUACUAUGACAGUACAAAGGUCCGAUUCAACCAAGAUCAAACGCGUUUUUGAAUCUGAAAACAACUCCUAUUCUGGCAAUGAACAGGAACUGAGCUCAAAUGAGAAAGCUGUAAUUGCUAAGGAGUAUACAGGUGAGGAAUAUCUUGAGCCGCCGCUUUCUGUGACCUCGCUACAUACUGAAAAUCAAGAACAUAAGAGAGAAGGAGGAGAAGAAGAAGAAGAGGAAGAAGAAGAAGAAGAAGAGUAUGAUGAUGAAGAAGAGGACUACGAGGAAGAGGAAGAGCAGAGUUCAAUUAAUAUGGGAAAAUUACCAACUUCAAGCAAAACAGCAAAUCGUCUUACUCUUGUCAACCCUGAUAAAAGUUUCCAAACUAGUAUUGAAGGCGCCAUACCUGCCAGAUCACCACGUAGACCGCAUUCAAUUGCGGGACCAGGUAUUGGAUUCAGUAAUAGCAAGAGCAUUAGUCCAACUCUGGGCAAACGUAUUGAUCUUGCAUCGAAGAGAAGGUCGACUCAAAUCAGUGACGACUUGGAUAAGUUGAUGUAUGAUGCAUCGUCUAUCCUGUCAUUGAAUUGUGAAGUGAAAACACCUCUUGUCACUGAAGAAAAAGAAAUAGACGUAACAGGUGAUAGUGACGAAGGUGAUAUUACUAGAACUAUUGACGAGACAAUGAUUGUGCAUCAGGAUAACGCAACGACUUCUUCCACGAAUCUGCAUCCAUUGUUAUCUGAAUUGACAGAUGAAGGUAAAGGUGUGAAUAAAAGCAUUAAUGUUGAUGAAGGUAGUAAUGCCUCGUUGUCGAGUAGGACAUCUGGGUCUAGUUCCAAGUUGCCGCCACGUCCAUCUGAGGAUAAAUUGCGUCGUGCUAGACGAAUCUCUGCUACUAUUCAACAACAACAACAACAACAACAACAACAACAACUAGAAAAAGAAAAAGAACGAAUUGGUCAUAAAAGGGAGGAGACACUUCAAGGGACAUUGCGCAAUGUUGAUGCAUUAGCGAAUCCAUCAAUUGAUUUAAAUAAUGAUGACUACUAUGAUAUCGAAGAGCCCAUCCAACAUCCUUCGCGAGCCAAACCAGUCAAGAAAUCGAUAAGAAGACCCACUAGAUCAAAUACACAAAAGUCUAAAAAGAAGAGGAAAUCAACAAUUGGAACAAAUGGGGAUUUGAAACCAUUUAGUUAUAGCACAUUGAUUUCAUUACUCGAAAGCAUGAAUGGAACAAUUAUUGGUGAAGAAUUUGAUAGUUUGAAUAUCCCCAUUCGAGAAAAACAAUUAAUUGAAAAGAUUAUUGAUAGUUUGAGUCGAUUGAGUAGUGACAUGGUUUUGGAUCAGGAAAGGUACGAUACUGGAUUAAAGAGGAUGGAGAAGGCUUUGCGUGUAUUGGAAGGGUUUACAUAA